AUGCACGAGUCAUUUGGUAAAGGAGGGUUUGGAACAGUGUAUCAUGGAGACUUGGGUGAUGAUCAAGUGGCUGUGAAAAUGCUCUCUCAUUCAUCAGCUCAAGGUUAUAAAGAGUUCAAAGCAAAGGUGGAGCUUCUUUCAAGAGUCCACCAUAGACAUUUGGUUGGACUUGUUGGUUACUGUGAUGAUGGAGACAAAUUAGCUUUAAUCUAUGAAUUUAUGGCAAACGGAGACCUAAGAGAGAAUAUGGAAACGUGGCUGGAGUGUAUUAAGCUGGGAAACAAGAAUGCAAAUAGCUGUAGAGGCAGCACAAGGCCUCCUAUGGUUCAUAGAGAUGUGAAAACUACAAACAUCUUAUUGAACGAGCGGUCUCAAGCGAAGCUAGCUGAUUGUGGACUAUCAAGAUCUUUCCCUAUCGAUGGCGAAUCUCAUGUCAUGACAGUUGUUGCAGGAACACCUGGUUACUUAGACCCUGAGUACUACAGAACAAACUGGCUAAGCGAAAAGAGUGAUGUUUACAGCUUCGGUGUAGUGUUGUUAGAGAUAGUCACAAACCAGCCUGUGAUAGAUAAAAACAGAGAGAAACCUCAUAUUACGGAAUGGGUUGGUUUCAAGCUCACAAAUGGGGACAUCAGAAGUAUUGUGGACCCGAAACUGAAGGAGGAUUAUGAUGCAAACGGUGCGUGGAAGGUUGUGGAGUUGGCUCUAGCCUGUGUAAACCCGUCUUCGAACCGCAGACCGACGAUGCCACAUGUGGUGAUGGAGCUAAACGAGUGUCUUUCCUUUGAACUCGUAAGGAAACAAGGUAGUGAAGAUAUGUUCCCAAAGAAUUCUAUUGAGUUUAGCUCAUCUUCUGCUUCUGAUUUUGCACCUAGAGCGAGGUGA